CGCAGGAGGAGAGCUUGGACCCAAACCAGUACUUCAAAAUCCGCAGCCAGGCAGUCCACCAGCUGAAGGUCAAUGGGGAAGACCCAUACCCUCACAAGUUCCACGUCGACAUCUCACUCACUCACUUUAUCCAAGAAUACAGUCACCUGCAGCCUGGGGACCACCUGACUGACAUCACCUUAAAGGUGGCAGGUAGGAUCCAUGCCAAAAGAGCUUCUAGGGGAAAGCUCAUCCUCUAUGACCUUCGAGGAGAGGGGGUCAAGUUGCAAGUCAUGGCCAAUUCCAGGAAUUAUAAAUCUGAAGAAGAAUUUAUUCGUAUUAACAACAAACUGCACCGGGGAGACAUAAUUGGAGUUCAGGGCAAUCCUGGGAAAACUAAGAAGGGCGAACUGAGCAUCAUUCCCUAUGAAAUCACACUGCUGUCUCCUUGCUUGCAUAUGUUACCUCAUCUUCACUUUGGCCUCAAAGACAAUGAAACACGGUUUUGUCAGAGAUACUUGGACUUGAUCCUGAAUGACUUUGUGAGGCAGAAGUUUAUCAUCCGCUCUAAGAACAUCACAUAUAUAAGAAGUUUCUUGGAUGAGUUGGGAUUCCUAGAGAUUGAAACUCCCAUGAUGAACAUCAUCCCAGGGGGAGCUGUGGCCAAGCCUUUCAUCACCUACCACAACGAGCUGGACAUGAAUUUAUAUAUGAGGAUUGCUCCAGAACUCUACCAUAAGAUGCUGGUGGUUGGUGGCAUUGACCGGGUUUAUGAAAUCGGACACUAGUUCCGGAAUGAAGGAAUUGAUUUGACUCACAAUCCUGAGUUCACCACCUGUGAAUUCUACAUGGCCUAUGCAGACUAUCAUGAUCUCAUGGAAAUCACAGAGAAGAUGAUUUCAGGGAUGGUGAAACACAUUACAGGCAGUUACAAGGUCACCUAUCAUCCAGAUGGCCCAGAGGGCCAAGCCUGUGAGAUUGACUUCACUCCACCCUUCCGGAAAAUCAGCAUGGUAGAAGAGCUUGAGAAAGCCCUGGGCAUGAAACUGCCAGAAACUAACCUCUUCGAAACCGAAGAAACUCGCAAAAUUCUAGAUGAUAUCUGUGUGGCAAAAGCUGUUGAAUGCCCUCCACCUCGGACCACAGCCAGGCUCCUUGAUAAGCUUGUCGGGGAGUUCCUGGAAGUGACGUGCAUCAAUCCUACAUUCAUCUGUGAUCAUCCGCAGAUAAUGAGUCCUCUGGCCAAAUGGCACUGCUCUAAAGAGGGUCUGACUGAACGCUUUGAGCUAUUUGUCAUGAAAAAGGAAAUACGCAAUGCCUACACUGAGCUGAAUGACCCUAUGCGACAGCGGCAGCUUUUUGAAGAACAGGCCAAGGCCAAAGCUGCUGGCGAUGAUGAGGCCAUGUUCAUAGAGGAGACCUUCUGCACUGCCCUGGAAUACGGGCUGCCCCCCACAGGUGGCUGGGGCAUGGGUAUCGACCGCGUCACCGUGUUUUUCACAGACUCCAGUAACAUCAAGGAAGUGCUUCUGUUUCCUGCCAUGAAACUGGAAGACAAGAAGGAGAAUGUAGCCACCACUGAUGGACGGAAAAGCACAGCAGCCGGCCCUUCUGUCUAG